AUGUGGUACAGCGUAGCCCUCGCUGCUGUGGCACUCUUCCACAUCUCUGCUGCACGAGCAUCCAGCUCAACCCCACCAUCCUCCAUCGCCGCGCAAUACUCUCUCUCAAGCAGCACAUCCCUGCCCUUCCCCACCGCGACCCAGCCCGCCCCCGGCGCAGACAGCUUCAUCACCUCCCAAUGGUCCCUCUCGCCCAACCACCUGCAGAACGGGCAGGGUAACAUCGCGUUCGUCGACGACCCCUUCCCGAGCGCCCCCGCCCCCGUCUCCGGCUCUGGCUCCACCUCUAGUUCGGGCGCGCCGAACGCGAGCGGGCCCGUGCUGCAGGUGACGUACCCGGCAGGGAGCUACUCGCACGACACGGGCGGCGCGCAGUGGUAUGCUACGUGGGGCACCGGCACCGGCAUCGGCAGCAGCAGCAGCGGCGGCGGUGGGUUCAACAGCAUGCUGCUCACGUACGACGUCGCGUUCGACUCCAACUUCACCUGGGCCAUGGGCGGCAAGCUCCCGGGUCUCCGGGGCGGGCCGGACGUGUUCGACUGCUCGGGAGGGUCGCAGCCCAACGGCUCGGACUGCUUCAGCACGAGGCUCAUGUGGAGACCUGGAGGUGCUGGUGAAGUUUAUGGCUAUGUGCUGUCUCCGGAAAAGCUUUGCUCGAAAGAAGACAUCGUGUGCAACUCCGAUUUUGGGGUAAGCAUCGACAGGGGAUCGUAUACCUUCCAGACGGGCCGAUGGGCACGAAUCUCGAUGCUUGUCCAGCUCAACAGCCCUCCGAGCAAGUCGAAUGGAAACCUGAUGCUCUACUACAAUGAUGUCCUCGCUAUUUCGCAGCAAGGUUUGCAGUUCCGGAACAGCUCAGACGUCAAUAUCGGCGGGCUAUUUUUCUCGACGUUUUUCGGAGGCAACAAUGCGAGUUGGGCAACCCCAAUAACGACACAUACGUACUUUCGAAACUUCCAGAUGUGGGGAAGCUCGACGGCCUCAAGCCUUCCUUCGGGCGCGUCAAGUACACAUUCAUCUGCGUCAGGGUAUACAUUUAUUGAGUGGACUAUUUGUGUCAUCUUUCUGGGACUUGUCGCACUGUUGUAA